AUGGAAUGUAUGAAGUUGGUGGCGCAGCCGAGGUACACCGAUAAACGUAUUGGCUAUUUGGGUGCAAUGUUGCUGCUGGAUGAGCGCUCCGAAGUGCACCUUCUUGUCACCAAUUCCCUUAAAAAGUAUUAUCUAGCCGAAUUUUUUUAA